AUGCCCCAACAAUUCCAUUUCCAAUCUCAACCUCAAACCCAACCAUCUCAAACCCAAUUUUCAUCCCAACCGCCAUUCACACCUUCAACCGAAUUAUUUUCUGAUUCCGAACACGAAGAACAACAACAACAACCUCAAAAAAAAAAAAAAAAGGAAAGGUUGAUCUCAGAAGAUGGACACAAAAAGAAGUUGGUUGAUCUCAGAAGAUGGACACAAAAAGAAGUUGAGUUAGCAAAGGCAUGGGUCGACAUAUCUGAAGAUGGUGGCACGGGAAAGGGUCAAAAUCGUGAUCAGUUUUUGUUACGUAUCACGGAGCGCUUUUGUAAGGGAAUGGGUCGAAAUCCAGAUUAUCGGACCUCCGACCAAUGUAACUCCAAAUGGAAUCUUAUGAACAAAGUCGUCACACAUUGGAAUGGAAUUUACACAAACUUUGAAAAGCAAUGGGCUAGCGGAGAAAGUGAAGCGAUUGUCAAAAGAAGAAUUAGGUGGAGGGAACUUGCAACACAUGAAGAAAUUGUUAAUCCGCCAAAAAGAAGCCGGACAUCUUCAUAUUCGAGCUCGCAACAAGUCUCAUCGGAUGGUUACGUAGGCGUUAAUCUUAAUGAUGAUAACGACGACAUCAAAGAAAUACGCCCGUCUCCUCCUCCAAUGGGAAGGGACAAAACAAAAGCUCGAGCAAAAGGAAAAAGGAAAGCUACAUCUUCAAAUUCUUCAGUCGGGACCGAACUGUCAGCUAGAUCGGAAGAAAUGAUGAUACAACUGGCACAAUUGAAUUCAACUUUGGAGAGGCAUAUGGCUGAAACCGUCCGACUCACCGAGUAUACGUUGUUAAUGCAAUAUGUGAGACACCUCGACCCCGAAGAUCAAGAGGGGCUAAAGCGGUUAAGCAGUAGAUUCACAAAAAAUAUAAGCUAA